AUGGCAGUUGAAAAGGUGGAUGUUAAACAGAAAUCAUGGAAAGCGAGACAACAAUCGAAAAGAGUCCAAAGACGCAACCAGAUGAGCCAAUUGAGGAAAAAGAAACGUGAAGCCAUUUUGAAUAAGAAAAGAAAAAUUGGUUACGAUAAUUGUCCACCGAUUUUGGUCACUCUGUUCAACAAUAGUAGUUCAUCAAUCGAAGAUUUUCUUGAUUAUCUGGAGAAAUGUGGACAAGAUUUAAUCAUUGAUCGCUCUCAACAAGGUUCAUUCUUUGUGACUAUUCCCCGAUUUAAGGUUCGAUAUCAAUUUUUGUACCCAUCGGAUGAUCUUUACUACAAUUUGGAUGCUGCUAAAGUAUCUGAUUUACUUUUGAUAAUUCAUCCUGUUGAUGCCGAUGAGGAAUAUUCAUUAACCACUAAUGAAAAUCUUAAUAGUAUUUACUAUCAUUGUUUACCAACCACAAUGCACAUUGUUUGUGGAUUAGAAGAAAUCAAUAAUAAACAAAGAGCGGCAGUUAAAAAGAAUAUCCAAAAAGCGAUAGAUGCUCGAUUUCCCGACGAGAAGGUUCAUAAAAUUGACACAACAACUGAGAUUUUACAAUUGUUACAAUUGGUUUGUAAUUGUAAGAAAAGGAAAGUCGCUCUUCAUAGUCAUCACUCUUUGAUUUUAGCAGAUAAAUUUGAUUAUAACGAAAAAGAUCAAUUGCUUAAGGUCUACGGUUAUCUUCGUCAUAAUAAGUUAGAUGCGAACGGAUUAAUUCAUAUUCCAGGAUGGAAAAAUUUCCAAAUGAAAUCGAUCACUUUACUUGAUGAUCCAAGGCCAUUGCAAAAUAACAACCGAAAUCCCGCUCGACAAAUGGACGCUAUUAAAACCGAUACGAUUCUCAGACCAGAUCCACUGAAACAAGAAUGUUUGGAAUCGGAAAAUGAACCUGAUCCCAUGGCAGGGGAACAAACUUGGCCUACACCAGAAGAAUUGGCCGAAGCAACGGAUAAGGCUAAAAAGAAAGUGGUCAAGGUUCCUAAAGGAACAUCCGACUAUCAGGCUGCUUGGAUAAUUGACCCUAAUGAAGAAAACGAUAAGAAUGACUCUAAAUCGACUCUUGAUUCGGACUCAGAUUGUGAUGACGAGGAUUAUGAAGGUGAACAGCCAGUCGAUGAUAAAGAUAGUGACGAUGAAAUCGAAGGCGACCCAGAAGAAGAAGAAUUUGAGACGAUGACAAUUGGUGAAACCGGUGAAGGCGAUUAUGAUGAGAAAAUGGACAUAGAAGAGGAAGAAAAAGCUCUGACCAAAUUCCGUGAAGCUCGAGAAAACGAAUUGUUCCCUGAUGAGAUCGACACACCAACCGAUGUUGAAGCUCGUCAACGAUUUGCUCGCUACAGAGGAUUGAAAAGUUUCAUUCACUCUCCAUGGAAUCCAAAAGAAAAUCUUCCAGAUGAUUAUAGCAAAAUCUUUCAAUUUGCUAACUUUGAUCAUUCUCGUAAACAUAUAAUCAAACAAUUUAAAGAAGAAAGUCUCACCGAAGCACCAGCAGGAUCUUAUGUUGAGAUUGUAUUGGAAAAGGUUCCAAUUGAAUUAGUUGAAUAUUAUCAACAAUCAACUAAAUCCAAUCCAUUGGUAUUAGUUGGUAUUUUACCCUACGAACAGAAAAUGUCUUUGAUGAAUGUUGUCCUUCGUCGAGUUAAUUGCGAGGAAGAUGAGGAACCAAUCAAGUCCAAAGAUGAGUUAAUCAUCCACCUUGGUUUUCGUCGUUUUGUAACUCGACCCAUUUACUCUGCUCAUACUAAUGGAGAUAAAUUUAAAUUCGAGAGAUUUUUCCCCACCAGCGGAUCAGUCGUGGCUUCUUUCUAUGCCCCGAUCACUUUUCCACCCGCUUCCGCUGUUGCCUACAAGAGAAACAAAGAUGGAACCCAGAAAUUAGUCGCAAUCGGAUCUUUACUCAACAUUAAUCCAGAUCGAGUUGUCGUUAAACGGAUCAGAAUAAGUGGCCAUCCUUUCAAAGUCGUCGGUAAAUCGGCCGUUGUGAGGUACAUGUUCUUCAAUCGAGAAGAUAUCAAGUGGUUCCAACCAGUCGAGUUAAGGUCUAAAUAUGGUCGCCAUGGUCACAUUAAGGAACCUUUGGGAACUCAUGGGCACAUGAAAUGUAUUUUCGAUCGCCCCCUGACCUCUAAUGACACCGUUUUAAUGAAUUUGUAUAAAAGAGUUUUUCCAAAAUGGUGUUUCGAUGAGACUGUCGAGAAACCGAAAUCAAUUACAAUGGAUUCUAAUCAAUUAGAUGAGUAAAUGAAUAAAUUGAGUUGUGUAUAAAUUGUGGAUGAAAAAGAAAUUAAAUGAAACAUUGAAAACAGAA